CACCCACUUCCUGGACACUCGCUUUUGAUGUGAAAGCGGGCGGAUGUGACGUCAGGGUGCAGCACGCUCCUGUCACUGCUCAAUUCGGUCUAGUUUGACCCGGGACUCACAGGACGCACGGGACGCACGGGACGCACGGGACGCACGGGGACACGAGAACAGAGCUGUUGGGGUCAGGGACAUGACGGAGGCUGAGGGGCUGCGCCUGCGCCGCCAACAGCCGCGGGUCAUCACCGAGGAGCCCCGGGACAGGCUCCGCAGCGGGGAUAGAACCUACAGUGGGCGAGUCUUCCAGGUCACCUUCCUGUCUGUGGGCGGAGUCCUGCUGAUCCCGAUCCUGAUCCUGGUCCUGGUCUUGGAAUCCCCCAUCCACCCUGAACCCUUCAGUCUACGAGAGCCCCCCCUGCUGGAGGGCUGCUGGGCUCCAAACCUGAAGCUGCGCUUGGCCCAAAGACUCUACGAGAACCAAGUCCAGGGUCCAGAGUCCAUCGCCAACAUUGGAGAUGUCCUUUACAGUGGAACAGCCGAUGGAAGAAUUGUGAAAAUGGUGGGACGCCGAAUCCACACUGUGGCACGUCUUGGCAAACAGCCCUGCGGUUCUCGGGAGGAUGAGCCGACCUGUGGCCGACCUUUGGGGAUCCGAGUGGGACCCAACGGGACGCUGUUUGUGGCCGAUGCCUAUUUAGGAGUGUUCAAGGUCAAUCCCAGCACAGGGGAGGCGGUGCGUUUAGUGGCAGGCGGGCAGAUGGUUGGAGGGCGGAGCCUGGGCUUCAUAAAUGACCUGGAUGUGACGCGAGAUGGACGCCGUGUGUACUUCACCUCCAGCUCCUCCAGGUGGCAGCGCCGAGACUUCCUGCACCUCAUCAUGGAGGCCACCGACGAUGGACGGGUCCUGGAGUUGGACGUGGACUCGGGGGAGGUCUCUGUUCUUAUGGAUCGUCUCCGGUUUCCAAACGGUCUCCAGCUUCUGCCCGAUGAAGAGUCAGUGUUGGUGUCUGAGACCACCAUGGCCCGCAUCCGCAGGAUCCAUGUUGCUGGUCUAAAUAAAGGAGGGAUGGAGACAUUCGUGGAGAAUCUUCCAGGUUUUCCUGAUAACGUGCGGCGCAGUUCCAGCGGUGGCCUUUGGGUGGCGAUGUCCUCAGUCAGACCCAGUCCCGGCUUUUCCAUGUUGGACUUCCUGUCUCAGAGGCCCUGGAUCAAGAAGCUUAUCUUCAAGGUCUUGUCUCAGGAGAUGCUGUUGAAGAUGGUUCCUCGUUACAGUCUCAUCGCAGAGAUCCAAGAUGGCGGUGUGUGCGUGCGCAGUUUCCACGACCCUAACGGAGAGGUGGCGGCCUACGUGAGCGAGGCUCAUGAGCACGAUGGCAGCCUCUACAUUGGCUCCUUCCGCUCGCCAUAUGUUGCUAAGCUAGACCUGAGGCAGGUCUAGACCUGGUCUAAACCUGGGACCUGGGCCGUUUGGAUUAAAGACCGUUGUAACUUGUGUUUUUAAUUGGUCAGAUUUAUUUUUUAUUUUGAAUGAAAUUAUUUUUUUAUGUUGAGUUUAGUCGAAACCACUGGUGUUUGGUCAUUUACUUUAACACGGAGCUGGCUCUGGGGGAGGUCUCUAACCCAGAUGCCCUCCUGCUGCAGAACUAAGGCCAACUCAAAGCUUUGGCUUGUCCUCGGCCUCUGGGAAUCAAACUACUGAUCACAGGAACAAACCACUGUACGAGGCCUGGACUGAACCAGGACUGAACCAGGACUGAACCAGGACUUAACCAGGACUUAACCAGGACUGAACCUGGACUUAACCAGCAGUGAAACCGGACUGGACCCAGACUGAACUGAAACCCAAUCCGCACCAAACUGGGACUAAACCAGUACUUGAGGGGCCGAUCAUUUCUCUGUAACAAAGGUUGAUGGUUUGAUUCCUGCUGUUUGUGAAUAAACUGAACUGUCCCUGUGU